UUCUCGUGAUUUUGCCAUCAGGUUAAAUCGGUGCAUCGAUUGAAUACAAUCUACUGUAUACGUUCGAUUUUUCAUUACUCGGAGUGAAAUAGAGCGCGAUCUUUAUUGGUGAAUCAUAUCCGCUGUACGUUCACGAAGUGGAACGCAACAUUUACCGGGAAGUCUUACGAUGAAUUCUCUCAAGUCUGGACAACAGCGCAAUAGUUCGGAAAGCGUUUCGAACAGGGAUUUGUUGGUUCCGAGUCCUGAGUUGAUCAUGAGACUUGCUGAGUCAGGUGAGUUUGACCUGUUGAGAGGAGUUGUUGAGCUGCUUCCCAAGUCAAAUAUUGAGAAGUUCUCUGAGGGUGGGCAAAUUGGAUGCAAUGCUCAGGAGGAGUUCGAGGCUUUCAAGAGCAGUUUUCUUACUCGUUCUCAAGUGGAGCCUGUUGUUGGAGUUGAGCCUGUUCCAGCUCCUUUUGUGGCUCCACUUAACCCUGCAAGGAACCCAAAUUUGUUGAACACCGAAAAUCAACAAGCCUUGUAUGGUCCUCCAAGUUCUGGUGGGAUGAAUUCUGGGUGA